UUAAAAUUUUCUCUCUCUCUCUCUCUCACGAUUCAAAUAAAAUUAUUAUCAAUUUUAGAGGAACGUUUGUAAACCAACAGAUAUAAUGGGCCAAUCGCUUACAAGAGCCGCUGAAUGGACUUCAGCUACAGCAGGUGGCCGAGGAAAACUAGCCAUGUCACCCAUAAAUGAAAAACUUUUGAAAGAAAUAGUGGAAUUUACGGAAGCUAUUCCCAACAGACAUUCUGACUGCGCGAACUUGGAAUUUCAAAAACCAUUGGUUUACACCAGCCAUCUGAAUGCAGGUGAUUUCGGGGGUUCUGGUGGAACCUUUGAGUCUUCGGAGAAAACGAAAGAUGGAAACUCUUCACUGUUGUCAGUUUCUGGGAACAAAAUUACCAUUCUCUCAAUGCCAAUGCUUAUGAAAGUAUUGCAAACCGCUGCGGAAAGUAAAACGAAGGAAGCGCGUUUUAUUCUUGAAGAAAAUCAAGAUCCAGUGGCCAACAUUCUUGGUGCAACCUAUGCUACAACAGGGGGAGACGAUGGGACUCUUGCUAGAUUGAUUGAUCAAAGUAAAUCGGACCAGGAUGAUAAUCAAAGAUCUAUUCUCAAGUUAUAUAUAGCUUUCAACAAUUUGGACAUGGAGUUGAUGAAAGUUUUCGUGCAACAAUUUUCAGAGGGCUAUCGGUUGACUCCAGAUGUAGUGACCAAUGAGGUGGAGCUUCUACAACGAUACACGAACCUUCGCAACGGAAAGCUGCUUGAAAAAAUUAUAUACACUUCCAAUAUAGUUUUCAAGAAUGGUUGCCGGGCUCCCACUCUGAGACAGCUGGAAGGGGAGAUAUGCUACCUCGAGAUUAUAACUCUGGAGCAGGAUGAGAUAUGCGUCACAGCGAGCACUUCUGGCUUCUUUCAAAAUCAAGGCUAUAACAAGGAGACGGCCGAACCCAAUUACGAGAGGAAAGGGGAAAUCUUUAAAGAUCUGAAGAGUCUGUUGAAGGAAGUCAGUCCCAUGUUCGCAUCAAAUCUUGCAUCGAAGGAGUUUGCGAAUGAGACUCGUGAGACGAAGAAGGGCGAGAGGAGGUACUCGAGCGAGUCAGAGGGAGAGAUGAGGCCCAAGAGACAACAGGACAAACGAGCGGACACCGACAGGGAGCAGGAGAAAAAACGAAAAGCGCAGCGUGAGAAAACCAAGAAACAACGGAAGGAAGUGUCACUUCCCUGGAAGACCCUUGGCAAGCUGAGCGAUGACGAGGAGGAGGCGGGUGCCAAGGAUGGUCGCAAGAGGGAGUUGAAGAGAAAGGAUGAGUCAUCGGAGAAGGAUGGGAAGGAUAAGAAGAAGAGCACGACUGACAAGAGGAAGAUCACGAUGGAGAGUCAGAGCGCCAGGCAGAAGUCCUUCACCGGUGGCAAACCGCGCAGCACUCCUAUGACGAACAAGGACAGCGACUUCUCGGACAGUUCCUCGGAAAGCGAGGAGGAGGAGGAGGCACCCGACAGACGCCAGGACGGGGGGUCAGCCGACCUGCCUCCCGAGUACUGGCAGAUACAGAAGCUCGUCAAGUACCUCAAGGGUGGAAACCAAACUGCGACAAUCAUAGCCCUGUGUUGUCUGCGGGACUUCAACCUGGGCCAGGAGACAUGCCAGUUGGCAAUCCGGAAUGUGGGAGGACUGGAGGUGCUGCUCAAUCUACUGGACACUGAAGACGUUAAAUGCAAAAUCGGAGCUCUAAAGAUCCUGAAGGAAAUCUCUCGGAAUGUGCAGAUCCGCAAGUCUAUCGCAGAGUUGGGUGGUCUGCAGACGAUGGUCAACAUCCUCAAGUCUCCCAACCAGGACCUCAAAUGUCUGGCGGCAGAGACCAUUGCCAACGUAGCCAAAUUCAGGCGAGCUAGAAGAGUUGUCCGACAGUACGGCGGAAUUAAGAAGCUUGUGGCUUUGAUGGAUAACGCGCCCGUUGGCAAAUCAGCCAGUGGUGGAGAUUCCAAAGACAUCGAAGUUGCCAGAUGUGGCGCUCUGGCUCUGUGGUCUUGCAGCAAGAGUACCAAGAACAAGCGCGCGAUGCGAAAGGCAGGUGCCAUUCCUCUCUUGGCGAAGCUUCUAAAGUCUCAAUAUGAGAGCAUGCUGGUUCCCGUCAUCGGGACUCUGCAGGAGUGUGCUUCUGAGAGUAACUACAGACUGGCUAUUAGGACGCAAGGGAUGAUCGAGGAUCUGGUUGCUAAUUUGAAGAGCGAGAACCUGGAACUGAGGAUGCACUGCGCUAGUGCAAUUUUUAAGUGUGCUGAGGAUGAGGAAACUCGAAAUCUUGUCCGAAAGUUCAACGGACUUCAGCCAUUGGUUGACCUUCUUGACCAAUCAGACGAUAAGGAACUCCUAGCUGCAGCUACUGGCGCUAUCUGGAAGUGCGCGAUCAGCGAUGAAAACGUAAAGAUGUUCCAGAAAAUGGGUGUUAUUGAGCGUCUGGUUUCGCUCCUUGAAGACCAGCCCGAAGAUGUCCUGAUCAAUGUUGUCGGUGCACUUAGCGAAUGCGCUAAGUCGGAAGAGAAUCGUAACACUAUCAGGAACAAGAAUGGAAUUCCUCCGUUGAUAAGUCAGUUGACGGGAACUAACCAUGCCUUGUUGGUCAACACAACUAACGCAAUCGGGGCUUGUGCCAGAGAUAAAGAGAGCAUGCCAAUCAUUGACAACUACGAUGGUGUGCGUCUUCUCUGGUCCCUUUUGAAGAACAAGAACUGGGAGGUGGAAGCCAGUGCCGCCUGGGCCAUCUGUCCCUGCAUCAUGAACCACCGCGAGGCAGGCGAGAUGGUCCGCUCCUUCGUCGGGGGUCUGGAACUCAUCGUCAACCUCUUGGAGUCUGACCACUUUGAAGUUUUGGCGGCUGUUUGCGCUGCUAUUGCUCAGAUUGCGAAAGAUGAGGAAAAUUUGGCUGUCAUUACAGACCACAACGUUGUACCUAUGUUAUCCAGUUUAACCAUCACCAAAGACGACCUGCUCCGUCGCCACCUGGCCGAGGCCAUCGCCAGGUGUUGCAAGUGGGGAUCGAACAGACGCACUUUUGGUGAGAAGGACGCUGUGGCACCCCUCGUGCACUACCUGGGCUCUAAAGACGAGGAAGUGCACUGGGCCACCACCCUCGCCCUCAACCAACUCUCGCAGGACCCCGAGAACUGCAUCACUAUGCACAGAGAGGGUGUUGUGAAAGUUUUGAUGGAGAUGGUUGGAUCCAAGAAUUACGACCUCCAAGAAAACGCAGCCCAGUGUCUGGGAAACAUCCGCCGUCUGGCCAUGUGUAAUGAAAAGGCCAAGUACAAAUGAGAUCCAAGCUAGCCACACAUUAACACAGUCACCACAGGGAAACUCCAUCUCAUAUCAACUUGCAAAUCAUUUCAAAGUUGAACGCUUAAAUUGUAUAUAGUAAAUUCAAUUCUAUAAUCA